AUGGCACCCGCCGCCGCCGCCGCCCCGCUUGACGACGCCAAGGCCAAGAAUGUUAUCCGCCAGGUGGAGUUCUAUUUUAGCGACAGCAACCUUCCCCGCGACGGGUUCCUACGCAGGACCGUCGAGGAAAGCGAGGAUGGGUUGGUGAGCUUGGCUCUCAUCUGUUCCUUCUCGCGGAUGAGGUCACACCUAGGUCUCGAAGGGGAUGUGAAACCGGAUACCAUGCCAGAGGAGACCGUACUUGCAGUUGCUGACGUCUUGCGCCGUUCCACAGCCCUCCGUGUAUCAGAGGACGGGAAGAAAGUUGGUAGGUCUAAGGAGUUGUUGAAGCCAGAUGAGGUUAUAGAGCAAGUGGACUCUAGGACAGUUGCUGCAUCACCGCUUCCUUACAAUGUAAAACUGGAGGAAGUCGAAUCUUUUUUUGCUCAGUGUGGCAAGGUAAAUAGUGUGAGGCUACCUCGACAUGUUUCUGACAAAAGACAUUUCUGUGGCACUGCUUUAGUUGAAUUUUCAGACGAAGAUGAAGCAAAAGGUGUUUUUGAGAAAAAUCUCGUUUUUGCUGGGGCAGACCUGCAAAUAAGACCAAAGAAAGAAUUUGAUACUGAAAGAGAGGCAAAGAAAGAAGCAUUUGAAAAGUCACAUCCUAAUAAGAGUGGUCAUGGUGAAGGCUAUCCAAAAGGUCUGAUUCUGGCCUUCAAGCUGAAGAAAAUUGCAGUUGAUGGUGAGACAGAAAAAAAUGGUGGGGGCAAAGUAGAUGACACUGACGUUACCAAGAAUGAAGGAGCUUCCGAUGCUACAGAGAAAUCUAGUGUAGAGAAUGAAGAGAAGAUCCCUGAGAAUAAAGGCAAUGUGAGUGAGGAGCAGUCAGAUGCCGUUGUGGAAUUGAAAGGGGUAUCUGCUGGGGAAACUUCACAAUCUGUUGACAAGGAUGAUAAAAGCCCUUCAGAUAAUGAUCAAGAUACAAUCUCGAGGGAGGAUUUAAAAGAAGAAUUUACUAAAUUUGGCACAGUGCGGUAUGUGGACUUCAGCAUUGGGGAAGAUUCUGGAUUCAUUCGGUUUGAGGAUUCCACAGCAGCUGACAAGGCCCGUGCAUUUGCAGCCAUUGCAGAUGAAGGUGGUUUGACUAUGAAAGGCCACAUAGUCACUUUGGAACCCGUGUCUGGUCAAGCCGAAAAGGAUUAUUGGAGUGCAAUUCGAGGCGGUCAGGAGAAAUAUAAAGAUAGCCGAAACAACAGAGGACGAGACUGGAAGAAUAACAGAGGCGGAAAGCAGUUUGGUGGUGGGAAGCGGGGGCGCCACUUCGACUCCCGUGACAGGGCCUCCAAUAAAACUCAAAAAGUUUAG